CUUUCUUCGCCCCUUUCCCCUCCUUUUUUUUGGAAGUCUCGCGAGAUUUGGAGCCCGCCUUCUCUCUGAAGGGAACGCCGUCGAGCGCCGUAGACAUUCGACGCCGGGAGAGGAGCUCGAGGAGACGCGAAGGCCCGGCUCGAACGAUAAAAGCUGUAUGGUUGAAGGCUACAAGUUGAUUCCAAGCCAGCUACAGUGAGGACUGUCCCCAAACUCCAACGCAGCCUAAGGUUUUGAUGUGCCAUCAAACUCUGUAAGAGAAUGAAGUGCUGCCGCCCCAACAGCAGCAACAGCAAACCCGCCGGUGCUGCCGGUCAGGGCGAGCGGGCCUUUAACCUUGACAAAGCAGAGAGAACCCCCACAGCCGCCUUCUUUCCUUACCCGCCAUCCAGAUGCCCAAAGCAGAGCCAACGCAAGGGUCUUCUUCCCAUGCAGGAGUCGAGACACCGCAAAGCCACUGAAAUGUCUGAUGAGGAAAUCCAGGAGAAAUCACUAGCCGUCGCCACAGCCUCCUUGGAAGGAAAAGCGGCCGUGGAAAGAGCUUCCUUGAUUCACCAGCACAUCGGUCGCAGGGAAAUGACAGAUAUGAUCAUUGAGACCCUCAAGCCUGAUGCAGCAGAUGAAGUGAAAGUGGCGAUGGAACAAGUCAAAGCUUCCGAGGCUUCCUCCACAGAGGACCGAGGCAAACGCGAGGGCAAAAGCACCAGCCUUGGGACUAUGCCGGAUUCCCCUUCCAAGCAGCUGCCAGACCAGAUUUCUUUCUUCAGUGGCAACCCGUCUGUUGAAAUAGUCCAUGGCAUCAUGCAUCUCUACAAGACAAACAAGAUGACCUCCUUGAAGGAAGACGUGCGGCGCAGUGCCAUGCUGUGUGUUCUUACAGUCCCAGCCACCAUGACCAGCCACGACCUCAUGAAGUUUGUGGCUUCCUUCUACGAUGUCAUUGAGCACAUGAAGAUCAUCCGGGACUCCACCCCAAACCAAUACAUGGCCCUGAUCAAGUUCAGCACACAGGCCGAUGCAGAUAGCUUUUACAUGGCUUGCAACGGCCGGCAAUUCAACUCCAUAGAAGAGGAUGUUUGUCAGCUGGUCUAUGUGGAGAGAGCGGAAGUCUUCAAGUCAGAAGAUGGGGCCAGUCUUCCUGUCAUGGACCUAACCGAGCUUCCGAAGUGCACCGUCUGCUUGGAGCGAAUGGAUGAGUCUGUCAAUGGCAUUCUCACGACGCUUUGCAACCACAGCUUCCAUAGCCAAUGUCUACAGCGCUGGGAGGACACCACGUGCCCUGUGUGCCGGUAUUGCCAGACACCUGAACCUGUUGAGGAGAACAAGUGCUUUGAGUGUGGCGUCCAAGAAAAUCUUUGGAUAUGCCUGAUCUGUGGGCAUAUCGGCUGUGGGCGCUACGUGAGUCGGCAUGCUUACAAACACUUUGAGGAGACCCAGCACACCUAUGCCAUGCAGCUGACCAACCAUCGGGUCUGGGACUACGCAGGAGACAAUUACGUCCACCGGCUGGUGGCCAGCAAGACCGAUGGAAAGCUAGUCCAGUACGAGUGCGAGGGCGAGGUGUGUCAGGAGGAGAAGAUCGACGCCUUGCAGCUAGAGUACUCGUACUUGUUGACAAGUCAGUUGGAGUCCCAGCGUAUCUAUUGGGAGAACAAGAUUGUCCGAAUCGAGAAGGAUACCGCCGAAGAGAUUAACAACAUGAAGUCUAAAUUUAAAGAGACCAUUGAGAAAUGUGACUCACUGGAACAGAGACUGAAUGACCUACUGAAGGAGAAGCAGUCUUUGGAAAGAAAGUGCACUCAGCUAAGCGCCAAGGUGUGCAAGCUCACCACGGAGCUGAAGGAGGAGCAGGAGAUGAACAAGUGUUUGCGCGCCAACCAGCUCUUGCUUCAGAACAAGCUGAAGGAGGAGGAGAAGCUGCUCAAGGAGACCUGUGAGCAGAAGGACUUGCAGAUCACCGAGGUCCAGGAGCAGCUCCGGGACGUCAUGUUCUACCUGGAGACCCAGCAGAAGAUCAACCACCUCCCAGUGGAGGCCCGGCAGGAGAUCCAGGACGGGCAGAUCAACAUUGCCAUGGCCUCGGCUAGCUCGCCCGCCGGGGCUGCGGGGAAGCCUUUGGCCCGGAAAGGUAGAGGCAAGCGGGGCAAGUGAGCAACGAGGCCGGGGCGACCAACCUUAGCAAAAGUGGCCGCGGCGUGUGGCCAGGGAGAGAGCGAGUGUUGCCUGUUGGGCAGAACGGGUGCCAGAGUCCACUGAAGGGUCCGUGACCCCUUUCCAGAUCCUUUCCUACUCUUUUGCACUAGCCGUGGCCUUUGCAGGCCUGGAAGGCUCUUUCCCAGGCGAGCCACUUCUAGGCAAGCUAUCCUCAUUCCUUAGGGCUCUCUUGCUUGAUUUCACGCUUCCUUUGCCUCCUUUUUUUUUUUGUCUCUGCCGCAUAGCUGGCCUCAGUUCUAGCUGUUUGCUUGGAGUUUGACUUUUUAAAAAAGAGCAACAACCAAAAAAGACAACAGAGACUCAGGUUUCUUUUAGAAUGAGUGUGAGGGAUGCAGCCUUUUGCCCUCUUCCGUAACCCGGUUGCUGGCCUCGACCCGGGUGCAGGCUUUGUCUGGAGCAUGGCUAAGUAUGGCUGGAGGAGGAACAAGCGUGGCCUCCCCCUUUUGCUCCUUCUUCUCCCCUUGCAGUCUCUUCCAGAGCACAAGCAGUGCCUCUUGGGUUGCACCCGCUUUCCCAGAGUACUUCCAACUCCCUGCCUUGAUACCCGACUAUGCAGUAUGCAUGCAACCAACCCCUACCAGAAAAGCUGCUUUUGCAGCACGCACUUUGGAAUGGCACCCCCAGGGGCACGCUUUGCCCACUCCUCUACUCUGCCACCACUGUUGUCCCAAGCAGUGCUUCCAUUGCAGGGCUCCAAGCAUGCCAUUUCUAGGACAAACCCACAUUUGGAUGCCUAGGCGGGGAAGGGAUCUCCUCAACCCAUUGCUGAGCUCCAGAACACCCUUUGCUUAAAGAAAAGAUGGGGAGCUCUUGGCAAGAUGGUUAUAUAUAAAUCAGGACUGGUCCUUAGUCGAUCAGAGAAGCACAAUGUCAACAGAAGGAGUCUAUUAACACUGAGUUCAGAAGCUGAAAAAUCUAAAAUGCCCAUUGCGCAUCUGAGCACUUGUAGUUGGGAUACGUGCCCUGUCUUCCACUUGCUGCUGGAGUGUGACUACCUUUGCACCUUCUUGUAGUUCAGGGGCCACUGUGAAUGGCCUGCACACUUUAGCUCGGCUUGGCCUGUAGCAUGCCCACAAUUCUUCCCUUUCCAAAAAAAAAUAAGCAAAAGCCAUCUAUGUCUUCUUAAGGAAUGCUCUUUCCUAUGCCUAUCUUUGCUUGUUUGCUGGAGGAGCGCUUUCUUUUUCUGAGUUGUGGUGUUCUCCUCGGCAAGGGUUCUAGUCCCUCUCGUUGCCGUGAAAUAGGGGUGAAGUGAGUGCAAUAAUCUUUGGGGAAACGUUCAUCCACAGAGAAGGUUUACAGUUCUUAGUAUUACAAAUUCCACGGUGUGGGGAAUGAAUUCAGGAGUCCCACCAAUGGUUUCCUGAAAAGGUUUUCCCUUCCUCAGGGAACUCUUGCAUGGGGACACCAUUGGAAGCCCAGUUCCACUUUGGCCCAGGUUUAGGGGUUUGUUCUUGCGUUACGUUUGGGUCAAGAUCUAGACUGGUUCUCAGGAAGUUUUUGCAUUUCCUCUGGAAUGUUUGUGUUUUUCACGUAGUUUGCAGUCUGAAUCUUUUAGAAGUUGAGGAGAGUUCUUAGCUGUUGUAUGUGCAAGAGAGUUAGAUCUGCACACUGUUUCAGUCAGCCAAACCUUUGCUGAAAUGGAAGAAGCCUUCUUUAUUGUCGUGUUGGACUGGAGUUUGGCUGACACUCGAAAGAUCCGCAGACGUGUACUUUCUAAAAAGAUUACUUUGCUGUAACACCUGCAACGAAACUCAUUAAACUGGAUUACCUAUA